GCCUCUCUUACCUGGUUAAACUGGUUAACGUUUUGCCUCAGUGCAGCGCACAAUAGGCGCGUGAUUGCUAGGGCCCGGGCAACCUUCUGCUAUUAAAUAACCACGCAAACUCGGCUUAAAGUUAUCUUAAAUUUUAAUGGAGCCAGCCUACGAUGAGUACGAGUACUUGGAACGCCAAGUAGAUGCUCAGCGUGGCGACCCUUCAUCGUCUGUGCAUCAACCGCCGCACUCCUCCCGUAGCAAGUCAACUGGUGGGACAGCAAGCGAUGAUGAUAACAACCGACGGCGGCGCUCAAGGUCACGUUCGCGGGACCGCAAAUCGCGUCGUCACUCGCGCUCGCGCUCACGGUCCCGAGACCGGAGGCGCCGGUCACGGUCGCGUUCUAGAGAUCGUUCACGAUCUUAUUCAGACCGCUAUCGGUCGUCAUACCGUUCGCCGCCCCGCAGGCGGUCUCCUACACCACCUGCUGAGCGCAUGGCUCGUGAGAAGGAGCGCGAGCUGCGGGAACUCGAGCGUGCCACUCGCACAAUCUUCGCCUAUAACCUAAGCCUGCGCGCUGAUGAGCGUGACCUUUUCGAGUUCUUCUCAAAGGUUGGUCGCGUGGUUGACAUCAAGCUCAUUACGGACAAGAACACGAAGAAGUCGCGAGGCCUGGCUUACAUCGAGUUCAGCAAAGUGGAGGAGGUCAUCUCAGCCGUUGCCCUCACCGGGAACAUCCUAAAGGGCCAGCCCGUCAUGGUGAAGGCGUCUGAGGCUGAGAAGAACAUGGCUUGGGAGGCAGCCCAGCAGCAAAAGCAGUCGGCACAGGCUGCAACACAGCAGCUCCUUAGCUCCCUAGCGUCCUUAGGCGGCGGGGCGCAAGCAGCAGCCUCCACAACAGCCGGCACCGGACCCUGCUGGCUCAACAUCAGCAACCUUCACAAAGACUUGGGGGAGCCGGAGGUCCAGCAGCUUUUCGCGCCGUUCGGCACGCUGCUUGCCGUACAAGUCGUACGGGAUUCGGCCGGCCGCAGCACCGGCACCGCACACCUGCAAUUUGCUCAAAUGGACGCUGCUGCACGAGCC